GUGUGGAUAAGACUACAACUUGCUCCCAGAGUACCUUGGAGAGAGGAUAUAAUUCUAAACGUAUAUCACUAAAUCCAGAUGAUGAUGUCGACCUAGAAGCUCUGGUGAAUGACAUGAACUCUUCAAUGGAGAGUUUAUAUUGCACAUGCAGCGCAGUGUCCGAAUCCGUACCACUUCUUAAAAAUGGGCAGCUUAACCGAAGCCAGAUGUCAAACUCAGGAACCAGCACUCUUCCGUCCAUGCCUCAGAGACAGAAGCUGCAGCGAUCACAACCAAUGCACAUACAAGCAGUUAGGCGUCUUCAAGAAGAGCAACUGCGCACAUCCUCUUUGCCUGCAAUCCCAAAUCCAUUUCCAGAGCUUUGCACUCCAGCAGGUUCACCAGUUCUGGCAUCUGGUUCCUUACCUCAAAAUGAGCCCACCGCAAAGAAAAGUGUUGUAAAAGUCUUUAGUGAAGAUGGGACAAGCAAAGUGGUGGAGAUUCUAGCAGACAUGACAGCCAGGGAUUUCUGCCAGCUGCUAGUUUACAAAAGUCAUUGUGUGGAUGAUAACAGCUGGACGCUAGUGGAGCACCAUCCUCAUCUAGGAUUAGAGAGAUGCCUCGAAGACCAUGAAAUAGUAGCACAAGUUCAGUCAAUGAUGUCAAGCGAGAGCAAAUUUCUGUUCAGAAAGAAUUAUGCAAAAUAUGAAUUUUUCAAGAAUCCUGUGAACUUCUUUCCAGAACAGAUGGUGACUUGGUGUCAACAAUCAAAUGGCAGCAUUCCUCAGUCCCAAUUAUUGCAGAAUUUUUUGAAUGCCAAUAGCUGUCCUGAAAUUCAAGGUUUUUUGCACGUAAAGGAGCUGGGGAAGAAGUCCUGGAAGAGGCUGUUUGUGUGUCUGCGGCGGUCAGGACUUUACUGUUCUACAAAAGGAAUAUCAAAAGAACCAAGACACUUACAGGGAAUAUCCGAUAUAGAAGAUAGCAAUAUUUAUUCAUUAAUAUCCUGCAAGAAGCUAUAUAAUUCACCAACUGAUUUUGGAUUCUGUGUCAAGCCUAACAGAGUGCGAAACGAGGUAAAAGAGCUGCGAUUUCUGUGUGCAGAAGAUGAACAAAGCAGGACAUGUUGGAUGACUGCAUUCAGACUCUUUAAGUAUGGGGCACUGCUUUACCAGAGUUUCCGAAUUCCCCAACAGAAAAUAAACUUGCAGCCAAACUUCUCUGCCCCUGUGAGGAGUGUAUCUGAAAAUUCACUGGUUGCAAUGGAUUUUUCUGGGCAAACGGGAAGGGUCAUUGAUAAUCCAGUGGAAGCACAGACUGCUGCAAUGGAAGAAGUGCAUGCUUGGAGGAAACGCAGCACACGUAUAAAUGUUUUGGGUAGCCAAAGUCCACUUCAUCCCUCCACACUCAGCACAGUAAUUCAUAGGACACAGCACUGGUUCCAUGGCAGAAUCUCUCGAGAGGAAUCCCAAACAAUCAUUAAACAACAAGGGCUUGUGGAUGGGCUAUUCCUACUUAGAGACAGCCAAAGUAAUCCAAAGGCAUUUGUGCUCACAAUGUGUCACCAUCAGAAAAUAAAGCAUUUUCAGAUUUUACCAUGUGAAGAAGAUGGCCAGAUAUUUUUUAGCCUUGAUGACGGUAAUACCAAAUUCACAGAUCUAAUUCAACUUGUUGAGUUUUAUCAGCUAAACAAAGGAGUUCUGCCCUGCAAGCUCAAACACCACUGCGUAAUUGUGGCCUUAUGACCUCUGAAAAAUAUAUCUGUGUGGCUAAAUUGAAAAAAAUUGACAAUGGGGGUUGGUUUUGGUAGGGAAGACUUUUGUUGCUUAAACAUGCACCUUGUGACUCUGGAUUUACCCUCUGGUGCCAACUAGUCAAGAAUGGCUGGACAAAAGUAGACCUUCAAAGUGCUGCCAGGUUUCACCAAUGCCCUACAGAAUGGGGUGAUACGUAGACUGAAAUUAGAAUGCAGAACACCUGCAAUCAUUUUAGGCUGGGCUGCUCACCAGAAAAUAAGCCUUGAACAUUGAACCCUGGGAUGGGUAUGAAUGGAAGGUAGUUUAGAAAGUGGGAGGGUGGGAAUAAGGACUAUUGCCCUGGAAAAAUCUUGACAAUUUAAGACUGGUCUGUUUACUUUUUUAUUUUAUUGAAAUACAUUUUUGCACUCCUUUUUUUUUUUUUUUUUCUUUUUUUUUUUUUUUUGGUAAUAUGGAUUACAGCCUUUUAAAACAAGCUGGUAAGGCAUUUUUAAUGAAUGCAGCAGAUGACUUGUACUUCUGUGGAAUGCUACAACCUUAAAGGAUUAAAGGAGGAUAAUCAAGAAGUGGUCGUACGAGACUUGUGCUACUGUUACCUGCAUGCAUCUAUUGGGAAGUUCAUCUGGAGUUGGGAACGACCCUAGAAUUUCUCUUCUCUACACACCAAUAAGCAAAAUGGCUGUUAAUAUAUCUGUCCUAAUAAGCUUGAGUCUGUAAGUGAUAACUAUGCAUUGAUGUUUGAACUACAGUUUUUCUCUACCUUAAAGUCCGCCUAUAUGGUUCAUCAGGAAAAUUCACUGUUACGAAACAGUACAGGACGAAAUGGACAUACAUUUAGAGCAGGCUGAUGGUUUUGUGAAAAUAUGAUUAUCUACCUAGAAUAACAAAGUUUUAUAAAUAUAUAUAUUUUUUUCUCAUUACAUACAUUGUCAUUUUUCAGACUCCCAAAGGCUUCUAUUGCCUGAUGGGUAAUUACGACGCUCUCUUAGGAAAAGGAAUUUAAUGUAAAAAAAACAUACAGGUGGUUAUAAUCCUGAGAUACACACUAUACCGCACGUUAAGUCCUGUCCACAUGAGCAACAAAAGAAUAAAACACAGAUUUGCUAUAUAUAUUUGGGAAUCAUUUGUCACAAAAUAAUGCUUUCAAUUUAAUCUAUAACAUCAAUCCGUAUAAAGACACUGUAUUUUAGUUUAUGGAACACAUUCUGUCAUUACAUGUAAGAGUAAUGUCUGCAUAUAAAAAUGAAGAAACUUGAUUUUAUUUUAUUUUUUCUGUACAUAUAUAUAUUAUUAUUUUUUUUAUUUAAAGUCUGAUGACGCGUUAAGGGCUCCCAUGUCAGACACUGGCAAUGCUUUCAUUAAAGUGCCAUUCUAGUUGAAUUUACUGCACAGGGUUAUUGCCCAAUGACUUAUCUUGUACUGACUGGUAUUGAAGCACCCAUUGCCUUGUUUAAUUUUGACAUUGCAAAGAAUCCUGUGACGUUUUUGCUUAAAUCAUUUUUAAGGUAUCUGUGUCUCUAAUAGAAAAUGUUCGUUUUGAUUGUAGUUAUUUUGUUCCAUGGAUGAAUUUUGUUUGCUGCAGAGGAACAAUUCUUCAUUCAUCUAGCGCUCGUGAGCAGGCUGCUCCGAGCCUAAAUCUAUCCUGCAUUAAUGACAGCACAUUCUGAAUUCAAUGGAUAAUUAUAGAUUUUACAAUUACUUAUUUUACAACCUUCAAAAAAAUGUACAAGCUUUUUGGUGGUUUUUUAAAAAUUAAAAAAAAAAUGGUUCUA